AUGGACAGGGACAGCAGCCGGAAUGGCUCCCCCGCCCGCCCGAAUCCCACUCGCCCGGCCCCGGCCCGCGCUGCCCCCGUCUCGGCCCUCCCCGCCCGGACGUCGCCCUCCAGGUCAUCGUCCAGCAGGUCAUCGUCCACCCACUCGGCCUCCACGAUGUCCUCUCCGACCAGAGCGUACCUCGUCCGAGCGACCCCCGUGGGGGCCGUGCCAGUGCGAGCAGCUUCAGCCGGGCCAGCGCCCACCCCCAGGGCCGAUGGGGCAGGUGCCCGCGUGCCCAAGUUCAGCUGGCGCGAGGGCAAGAAGCGGCUGCCGCUCAUCGGGUGUGUCCUGCUGCUCAUCGCCCUGGUGGCGUCCCUCAUUGUCCUUUUUUAUUUCUGGCGGGGCCACACGGGGAUCGAGUACAAGGAGCCGGUGGAGAGCUGCCCGCGGCACGCCGUGCGCUGUGACGGGGUGGUGGACUGCAAGCUGAAGACGGACGAGCUGGGCUGCGUCAGGUUUGACUGGGACAGGUCUCUGCUCCGGGUCUACUCUGCCGCGUCCCACCAGUGGCUCCCGGUCUGCAGCGACAGCUGGAACAGCAACUACUCCGAGAGGGCCUGCCAGCAGCUGGGCUUUGAGAGCGCGUACCGGACAACCGAGGUGGCCCUCAGGGGCAUGGGCAUCAGUCUCUCUGUCUCGGAGUACAACACCACCAUCCAGGAGAGCCUGUCCAGGUCUCUGUGCCCUUCCCAGCGAUACGUCUCUCUCCAGUGCUCCCACUGUGGCCUGCGGUCCUUGACGGGGCGCAUCGUGGGAGGGGAGCUGGCCCCCGAGAAGAAGUGGCCCUGGCAGGUCAGCCUGCACUACGGCUCCUCCCACAUCUGCGGGGGCACGCUCAUUGACGCCCAGUGGGUGCUCACGGCCGCCCACUGCUUCUUCGUGACCCGAGAGAAGAUUCUGGAAGGCUGGAAGGUGUACGUGGGCACCAACGACCUGCAGCGGCUGCCAGAGGCCGCAUCUGUCUCUCAAAUAAUCAUCAACAGCAACUACACAGACGAGCAGGAUGAUUAUGACAUUGCCCUGCUGCGGCUCUCCAAGCCGCUGGUGCUGUCGGCUCACAUGCACCCUGCCUGCCUCCCCAUGCACGGGCAGACCUUUGGCCUCAACGAGACCUGCUGGAUCACAGGCUUCGGCAAGACCAAGGAGACGGAUGAGAAGACGUCCCUCUUCCUGCGGGAGGUCCAGGUCAACCUCAUCGACUUCCACAAGUGCAACGACUACCUGGUGUACGACAGCUACCUGACGCCCCGGAUGAUGUGUGCCGGGGACCUGCGUGGCGGCCGCGACUCCUGCCAGGGUGACAGCGGGGGCCCGCUGGUGUGUGAGCAGAAUAACCGCUGGUACCUCGCGGGCAUCACCAGCUGGGGCACGGGCUGCGGGCAGCGGAACAAGCCAGGCGUGUACACCAAAGUGUCCGAGGUGCUCCCCUGGAUCUACAGCAAGAUGGAGAGUGAGGUGCGCUUCCGGAAGUUGUGA